AUGGCACCCAAAAAAAGGGGGCGCAAAAAAGAGACCCCCAAAGAGCCAGAGGUGGAUGACAAUAUCGUGCCAGAACACAGCCGAGAAUUUUAUCUCAUCCAGAUCCGAGAUUUGGAGGGGCGCCUGGCCCGGUACCAGCAGAAAUGGGACCAGUUGCAGGUAAGCGAAGAACUUUUCCGGAACGAAUACGAGAAAAUGUUGACUGACAACAAGGAGAUUGUGGCCUUCCUGAAGAAGACACUCAACCAACGGGUGGAUGAGAUCGCGGAGCUGAGCCUUCAGCUGCAGAACCUCCAGCAGGCCAAAGACUUGGAGAAGGACGCGUUCGAAACCCAGCUGGUCCAGCUGAGGCACGAAUUCCAAGAAACCAAGGAUCAGCUGACCUCGGAGAACAUGCUGCUGAGUGGGAAGUUGGCCGCCUUGGAGGAAUUUCGGCUGCAGAAAGACGAGAUUUUGGCGAAAUUUGCCGAGCGGGAAAAUCAGUUGAGGAAGGAAGAGGAACAACACAAAGAAAUCAUCUAUAACCUUGAACGGAAGGCAGUGAUAGAUAAAGAGAGAAUGAAGAAGGACAUGCUGCACCGGGUGAAUGCCGUCGCUGCCGAAUUCCGCAAAGUGGCCAACAACCAGAUGGCGGAGACCACGAAACGCACCAUCCGGGAGAAUGUGGCCAUCAGCCUGCAGCUGACCAAGGUGACGGAACAGAGCCUGCAGCUGAUGCAGGAGAACGACCGCUUGAAGGAGGCCCACGCCGAUGCCAUCAAGCAGCUCCAGCUGCUCGAGCAGAACGAGAAGAAA